AUGAAAGAAAGUCAAAAAAUAGCAGAGGAAAUUGGGGAAAAAUAUAUUAACGUAACUUAUGACUUAGUAAUUGCAAAAGUUACGAUGCAAAUCCAAGCAACGAAAAAGCCUGCGUAUGAUAGUAUAUUCAUUCAUUUAGGUGCUUUUCACAUAAUGUUUGCAUAUUUUAAAGCUCUUGGCAAAUUUAUUGCAGGCUGUGGAUUGAUGAAUAUAGCUAUAGACCCUGGAUUAUUAGCUUCUGGAUUGGUUAAUUCUUUUUUGGAAGGCAAACAUUUCAACAGAUGCAAAAGAUUACAUCCUCUGAUGGCACUUGGCUUAGAAAUAAUGCAUUUUCGGUCUUUCCUUAACAAAACAAACAAAGUCAUAGGGGAAGAUUUGCGCUCGGAACUAAUGCAUUUUGGCGACGGUCUACUUUCAUUUUCAGAUUUGAUCGGCAAUCAUGAAAUCUCAGAAUUAAUUGAAUCUUACAUGAAAUAUCGAGAAGCUUGCGUGAAUGGUGACUUCGGAAAAACAGCGCAAUACUAUAUGAUGUACAUUCUUUUUAUUAAUUACAAUUUGACGCUAAGUCGCAGUGUCAGAACCGGAGACUUUUCUUUAUAUAAAUAUAUUAUGCCACAGAUUACAAACCUGUUUUUCGCUUUUAAUCAACCGAAUUACGCACGUUGGUUGGUUAAAUAUCACAAUAACUUAGUUAAUGUUGGUGCAAUUAAUCCUGAAAUAAUGGAAGAAUUGGAAAAAGGGUACUUUGGCAUACAACGCACAGAAAAAUCAUUCUCGAGGCAACCGAUUGAUCUCACACUCGAACAAACUAUUAAUGCCGAAGCGAAACGAUUGGUUGGGAUAAUUAAUUUUACCAACUCAAUUUCAGCUCGACAGCGAUGGUGUUUAAGUCAUCAGAUUAGAUCAACAAUAUUUUCCUACACUUAUGAGACAACUGGCUUACGAAAACGUCAAGACGAAACCGCUGAUUUAGAAAAUCAUGGCAUUAAAAAAGAUACUGAACAACUUAGAAAAUUUAUCAAUGGAUUCUCCAAGUUCGUGAACCCAUUCGAUUCAGACCUUGAUGAAAAGCAACUAUUUAAUAUUUCUAAUUAA